AUGACAGAUACUAUGGAGUGGUAUUUUGGUAACGAAGUUGAAGAUCUUGUUGUUCCAAAAGACUACGAACAACAAGAGAUGAUAUCAUCUGGUGAAAAUUGGUCGCAAUGGGGAAUGAAUGCUUUUGGAGGUUCAUCUUUUCCCAAAAAGAACAUAAACAUGACACGUGAAGAACUCACCUUCAAUGGUGGAAAAAACUUUUACACUUCAAUUGACAUGGCGGAUUCAGAUAAUGAAAGACAGAAAUCCAACACUUCAAGCAUGAGCCAAGGACUCUACAACAAUGGUGGUUCGCUUUUAUGGAAUGAUCAAGCAGAUUUUCAACAAUUUGAAGAGGAAGAAGCCAGAAUCAAUCACAUGGAUGACAUUUUCUUUAGUUCACUACUUGAAGAAGAUCCAACUAAAGAUUCAACCGAGGAACAUGACAACAUGAUUCUUGACAACAAUGUUAGCAUGUUUGAGGACAAUAUGGUAAAUUCACACGUUGGAAACCAUGGGCAAAGCAUUGGAAGCUCGAAAUAUCUCAAAACACACGCCUUCUCUCCAUCAAGUGAUUGGGGUAAUAGAGAAGUUUCAACUACUUGUCAAAUGCCAAAGCAGUAUACAAGUGAUGAGAACUUAACGGAAGAAUCAGUAUUGAAAGAUCUCGAAAGGGUGACUUCACAGUUCAAUGAUAAAACUAGAAUUUGCUUUCGAGAUGCUUUCUAUCGCUUAGCAGAAAGCUCUAAACAAUCACUUAACUCGUGCCAAGAUGGAGAACUCAUGUUGACUUCUAAUGAUGACACAAUGAGGGUCGUAGAACCAGAAGCUUCCGAAUCAAAAACAAACGUCAUCGAUAGAGCUGUAGCCAAUCUCAUGUUCAAUAAAUUCGAUUUUGAAGAAACCGAUGAUCAACAACACAUAGACUUAUGUUGUCAAAAUCAAACGGAUUAUGAUGAUGAUGCGGAAGUUCCAAGUCAGGGUGGGUCCGACCCAUCAUCAAUCGCCUACUAAUUAUUACUAACUUCUAAAAAGGUUGUUCCUUUUGUGAUUUGGUAUUCUCUUUGUAAAAAGCCCUAGCAAGAUACACAAUAGUGGUAGUAAGGGUGUGAACACUUUGAGCCCGUUUCUUAUGUGGCAUCGGGUCUAACCAAACCCUACUUUUUGGUACAUUCGGGUUGGGCUUAAAGUGGUUGUUGGUGUAUGUAUAUAUGAGGGGUGAGGUUGCGAUUUUGAGUGGUGUUUGUUUGGAUCAUUUUUGUCGUGUAAACAAGUUGCUAUGUAAUAUUAUUUGCUUGCGGAAGAUUUGUAGAUUCGGU